AUGGCUGCGAUGGCAGACAGCACAGGCGAGGAACCAGUGUCUUUCCUCUCACUCGAAGCUUCCCUUUCGACCAGUGGAAUUCUCCGACCUAGACCUCCUCAGAUGUCUUCUACCCUGGAACCUUCGCCAUUCCGACAACAACCAAAAGUCCUUAGCGACUCCGCGUUGCCGGUUCGUUCUCUGUUCCACGAGUACAAAACUCCGCUGUUCCACUGCCCCAGCGCCCUCGCGAGAUCAACGCAGCAUGGGGCAUCACCCAGGAAUUUCACCACCUCGAGUGGGCUGGCGCAGCACGUUGAGAGUGGAGCUUGCGGUGAAGGAUCGGCUACUCUGAAGAAGGCGAUGGAAUUUGUACAAGAGCAUUUGGAUAAGAUGGGCCUUGGGACCAUUCGCCUGCUGGAAUGA